AUGGAAGUCCAUCUUGAGGAAAAUAAAGUUAAGAAUAAUUCUAGUGAUAGCAGUAAUGAAAAUAAUAAUAAUGAUGAAAAUGUAAGUUUAUAUGCCGAGAGGAAUAAUGAAACAAAUUGUACAAAAAAUAAUAGUAAUGAUGAUGAUAAAAGUAAUAAUAUAAAUAACAAUAACAAUAAUAAUUAUAAUAAUAAUAAUAAUAAUAAUAAUGUUUUUUUUUCUUCGGAUGCUAUAACAAAUGACGAUGGCACUUAUUUUACAUUUAAGAAUAAGGAUUCUCUAAUUCAUGAUGAAGGAAUGUAUGAAUUUAAAUCUGAAGACGAAAAUUUUCUACAUGCAGAAGUAAGCUCGAAUGAAUAUAAGGAUGCAAAUAAUGAUUCUAGUGAUGAGGAGGAUGAUGAAUACCUUAAUCAAAAUAAAAAUAUAAUAGUUAUAGAUGAUAGUUUGCCAAAUAAUUCAAAUUCUACAUUCGAUGAUAAGGAAAAAACAGAAACCAACAACAAGAUAAAUAUUAAAGAUGAAUUAGCUACUACAGCUACGAUAGUAGAAGAUUUAGUGUAUAAUGAUGUGGUAUAUGAGACGGAGGAUAAUAAAAACUAUAUUGUUAAAAGUGUUGUUGAUGGGAAUAAAGAACAUGUAGAAGAAAAGGAGAAUUACAAAUUUGACGAUAAUAAUGAUGAUAAUAAUAAUGAUAAUAAUAAUGAUAAUAAUAAUGAUAAUAAUGACGAUCAUAGUAAAAAUAAUAAUAAUAACAAUAAUAACAAUGCUGAUGUUAGUGUUAUCGUACAGGUUGAGGGGCAAGAAAAUCGUCCCAUAAUAUAUAUCAAUGAUACUAGCACUGAAGAAUAUAAUAAUAAUAAUAUUGUUAUGAAGGAGAAUUAUAAUAAACCAAAUACAGUUAAUAAUUCGUCAUAUAUAAACAACAACAAUUUAGUUAAUAUAAAUACACUUAACAAUGAAAACAAAGGAAUUUCAAAUGUAGAAUCGUAUGAAAAAAAUCUGAACGAAAACUUUGAUAAUGUGAACGAAAACUUUGAAAGUAUCAAUGAACCUUAUGAUAGUAUAAAUGAACCAUAUGAUAACAUUAACGAAGCAUAUGAUAAUGUGAACGAAGGAUAUGAUAAUAUUAACGAAGGAUGUGAUAAUGUUAACGAAGGAUGUGAUAAUGUGAACGAAGGAUGUGAUAAUGUUAACAAAAUGUAUAACGAAAAUUCACAAAUUCAAUUACAGCAAAAUUAUAAAGAAGAAAGAAAUCAACAUAUCAACAAAAAUAAUAACAUAAAAGAAAGAACACUACCUAUGAAGAAGGAAGAAAAGAAGAUGCCUCCUCUAUCACAUGUGUUCGGUAGUAUUGUUAAAAUAAAGAAACAAGUAGAUUGGAUGAAAUCGAGAAAGGAAGAAAAUAAUCCUAAAGGAUUCAAAAAGGAUAAUAGAAAAAGAAGAAAAGCUAAAUAUCGUUUUGAAAAGGAUAAGGAUGGUAAUAUAUGUGAUUUCUUUAUGGUAUGUUCUAGUGAAUUGAAAGGAAUAAAAAAAUGUAAAAAUGUAGGCUUAGAUUUACAAAUGAUAAAUGUAACGGAUAUACAAUUAACGUAUCAUUUUGUUUGUAAAGAGCAUGAUACAUGUAAAGGAUCUGUUUUAGUAAUUGUAGAUAUUAUUAGUAAUAAUAAUAUAGAGAUUAAGGGAAAAGGACCUUUAUGUAUUAAUUUUAAUGAUUUUAUUGAUGAAAAGAAGAAAAAUACAGGUAAUCGAUUUAAAUGGGAAUAUCUUGAUGUAUGUGGAAAUAUACAAGAAGGUAAAGAUCGUGCUACGGCUAUGGGAUAUAAAUAUUUAAAUAGUAGUGUUACGGGUAAGAGAUAUGUAAGAAAUUUCGUAUGUAUUCUGAAUGCUCAAUGUAAUAGUAGAUUAAGAAUUAUAAAAGAUAAUGAAACAGAUAAAGUAUGGUUAGAAUUAUCUGGUAUGAAUCAUGAAGAACAUUGUCCAUAUAGCCCCCAUUCUGUUGAAGGAAUGUUUCUGAAUAAUAAAAAAAAUAAAAAUCAAAUUAUUAGCAGCUUAGGAAAUGAUAAAUUUUUUACUAAUAAUAAUAAUAUAUUAAAUGGUGUUAUGUUGAAUAAUCCUAAUGUAAUGAAUGGCCCUCAUCCUUUUAAUAAGAUGAAUUAUAAUUAUCAUAAUAUGAAUCCAGGAUUGAAUAAUUUUAAUUCGUUUAAUAAUGGUAAUUAUGCUUUUAUUAAUAUGAAUUAUAAUGAUAUGAAUAUUGGUGUAAAUAAUAAUAGCGACCUUAAUAAUAAUACUGCUACUACAAGUAAUAAUAAUAAUACUCAUAAUAAUCACAAUAAUAAUAAUAAUAAUAGUAAUUAUAACCCAUAUUUUAUGAAUAAUUAUAUGAAUAAUAAAAAUAAUCCCUUGUAUUUAAAUUCAAAUACUAACUAUGGAAAUGAUAUUAAAAUGAAAAUUCUUCCUCCAUACAUGCAUCAUUUUAAUAAAGCUAUGAAGAUUAUUCCUGAAGCCUCAUCGUGUAACAUGAUGAAUAUGUCAAAUGGUAAUAAUAAUAUGAGUCAUAUGAAUGAUAUGAAUAGUAUGAAUAGUAUGAAUAGUAUGAACAACAUGAACAGUAAUAAUAAUAAUAAUAAUAAUAAUAAUAAUAAUAGUAAUAGUGGUAGUAUUGUAAACCUUGGAAAUAGUAAUAUGGAUAUUUCCAUGAAUAGUAAGACGCUUUAUAAUUUAUCUAAAUUUAGCUGCGCUACAAAUUCUACUACAGAUUCUUCCAAAAUGAGCCUUAAAAGAAAUAUAUGGUAUAAUAAUAGAAGUAAUAGUGUUCAUAGUACUUUAAAUGGUGCAUUGCAUAGUAACAUGAGUAGUAAUUAUUCGGACAAUAUGUUAUUACGUUCGUCUAUAAAAAAUGCCCCCAAGUAUAGUGUUCAUUAUCCUUCAUCUAGUAAUAACCAAGAUAUUACUACUAUGAGUAUAUCUAAUAAGAAAAGUGUAGUGAGAAAUCUUAUGUUAAAUACGCAAGAUCAAAAUUUUGUUCUGAAUAGUAUGUACAAUAAUAAUAGUAGUAAUAAUAAUACUAACAAUAGUAACAAUAGUAACAAUAGUAGCAAUAGUAACAAUAGUAACAAUAGUAACAAUAGUAACAAUAGUAACAAUGGUAGUAGUAGUAAUAAUAACACGACCAGUGCAACGUAUAAUAAUUAUAUGUCAAGCUAUGGUUAUGUAAAUAUGCCUACAAACAAUAAUAUUAAUAUGAAUGAGAACAAUGUAGAAUUUAAUAAUACUAAGAAGAAUUCCGUUACCGAUAACUUAAACAAUAGUGGGAAUGUUAAAGAUCUACUUACUAACGGAAAUAUGAACAAUGCUGUAUAUUAUAACAAGAAUAUAUCAUCUAAUAAUAAUGGAAAGGAUAUAAGAAAUAAUUUUUAUAAUAAUUCAAAUAUAGAUUUAAAUAAGAACAAUUGUUAUUCGAUUGAUAAUAAACAACAGCUAGCUAAUUCUAAAUUUGUGAAUAAUAAUAUAUAUCCCAAUUAUAAUAAUAUGAAUGAUAUGACCAAUAAUAAUAAUAACAAUAAUAAUAAUAACAACAAUAAUAAUAACAAUAAUAAUAACAAUAAUAAUAACAAUAAUAAUAGUAACAAUAGUAAUAAUAAUAGUGAUUGUAUUCUUAAUAAUAUAAAUGUAUCUACAGCAUUAGGUUGUGCGACUGGAUCUGUUAUGUCUCAAGGAAGUUCUACAAAUAAUAUGAAUUAUAAUUUAAGAAAUUAUGAAUCCAAGAAUUUUAAUUCCUAUCAAAAUGGUAUAAUACCAGAUAAUAGCAAUAGUAAUAAUAACAGCAAUAAUAAUAAUAGUAGUAGUAGUAGUAAUGGUUUAAUUUAUCAUUAUCCUAAUUAUGAUAAGAUAAAAACAAAUGCACCUAAAGGAAUAUUGAAUGAAUUUAAAAUGGUAAAAAACGUAAGGUCCAAUUCUAAUAGUUUGAAUAAUAAAAAAGGAAGUAAUAAUACUUAUUAUAAUAAUAAAACUAGCCAAAAUGCAUAUCAAAACACAAUUCUAAAAAAUUCACCCUUAGUGAGUUUAUCAAAUAAUUCGGGUAUGAUGAAUUAUAACAUGAUUAAUGAUAUGAAGGAUGAAAAUAAUAUAAACGCUGGUAAUAAUAUGUAUACGGGUUCGAUUAGUAGCAGCAAUAAUAACAACAGCAAUAAUAAUAAUAGUAAUAGUACCAUGACAUCAAAUGGAUUAUUAUAUAACAAUAUGAAUAUUAUAAAUAAUAACAGUGUUGACGAAUUAAACGACAUUAACAAUAACAAGGUUGGAAUACCUCCGCAUCAUUUAUUAGAUAAUACCUCAUUAAUAAAAGAAGAAAUGAAUUAUAAUAAUGAAGAAAAUAAUAUGGUGUCGCAACAUCAUAAAGUUUUUAUAGGAAAUGGACAUGAAAAUAUGUUAAAGGACAACUCAGAAAAUUUAUUAAAGCAUAUUCCAAAUGACCCCAAAAUUGAUGAGAACAAUAAUAAUACACACAUUGAUGAUAAAGAGUAUAACAAAAAUAAUAUGCAAUUAGAUUAUAAUAAUAAUAAUAAUAAUAACAAAAUGGAUCAUUCUAGAAAUCGCAGUGGUUCAGAUGAUUUUAUUAAAAGGAAGUUUAAAAAAAUGAACACUAAUUUUGAUUCCAAUAAUGAACAUUUAAACGACGAAUUUAAAGAUAUUGAUAUUGUUGAUACACAAAAUGAUGACAAAGAUAAAUUGAGAGAUAUCAAUGGAAAAUAUGAAGAAAAUAAUAUAAUAAUAGAUGAUAUCAAUUCUAAAGAAAGGAGAAGUAUUAAUGAAUAUAGUAAUAAAUGUUCUUCAACAGCUGCUUAUAGUGAAAUGAAACAAUAUGUGGAUGUAAAAGAUACUAAUAAUCAUAAUAAUAAUAUGUUAUCGAAUUAUUUAAACAUGACAGAUGAAAAUAAUAAUAAUAAUAAUAAUAAUAACAAUGGUACAUACUUAAAUGAUGAUAAUGUUAAAGCUUGUGAGAAAAAAAGAAAAUUUUUAAAUACCUAUAAUGAUCCAAAUGUUGAUGAUAUGAAUAAUAACCUUUCUCAUCAUGUAGGUGUUGAUUAUGAUAAUCACGUAGUAGAUUCGUUUAAUAAUUCUUCAUACAUGUAUUCUUCACAAAUGUAUAAAUAUAUGAAAUCAAAUAAAUAUGACACAUGUAUGAAUGCAAACAUGGAAAAUAUAAAUGGUACCAAUAAUAAUAAUAAUAUUAAUAGAAAUAAUGUAUCUGAUAAUUCCACAAAUAUUGUUGAUAAUGAUUCAUAUGAUAAAACGAAUAAUUCUUCUAAUGGCUCUAUGUAUAAAACCAAUGUACAAAAUAUGGUUAACAAUAAUAAUGGUGCAGCUACUUUAAAUAAGUGUGAUUCUUUACUAAAUCAUGAUAUGAAUGUUUCAAAAUUAAAUUAUAACAGCAACAAUAAUAACAAUAGUAAUAAUAAUUCUUGUGGCGUUGCGGGAGGUAGUAUGGAUUCACAUUAUAAUACGGCAAAUUCUUUGAUGAACUAUAAUAAAAAUCAUUAUGAAGAUGGAAAUGAUCUUAAUAAUAUGGACACAAAUAAUAACAACAACAAUAAUAAUAAUAGUAGUAAUAGUAAUAAUAGUAAUAAUAACAAUAAUAACAAUAAUAAGAAUAAGAAUCUUAUGGGUAGAGACAGUUUACAAGAUAAAAUUAUGUACAAUCCCAUGAAUGAUUAUAAUUGUAUUUACCCAUCGAACAAUCCUUAUGGUAUACAGAAUAAUGAUAAAGGUUACAUGUACCCAAAUUAUAAUACUACAUUAAAUAUUAUGAAUCCUAAUGAAAACGGUGACAAUAACAAUAGCAUGUUAGGUGCAAGCGUUAUGGACAAUUACAAUAAUAAUAAUUUAUAUAUGAAUAAUAAUAAUAAUAAUAAUAAUAACUAUUUAAAUAAUUAUAUGAAUCCUACAGAUAAUAUGAAAAAUAUGUCUAAAAAUAAUAAUGGUUCAUAUAAUACUUCUUUACAAAAUGUAAAUGGUCUUGAAGGUACAACAAAUAAUGCCGCCGUUACUCAACCAGCUAAUAAUUUAAAUAAUUAUUCCAAUUUAAAUAAUAAUAAUAAUAAUCUUACGGUGUUCAAUUGUGAUUUGGCUAGUAAUCCAUAUAAAAACGACCUGACAUGUUCAUACAAUAAUAAUGGAACAGCUAAUAGUAAUUAUUACUAUAUGAAUAAUGGAUAUGACAAUAGUAGUUAUCAGUACAAUCUAGCAAAUGGAAAUAUGAUGUAUGAUAUGAAUAAUCGCAGUAUGGAUGCUUCAAAUAAUCAGAAUGAUUAUUAUAAUCAAAAUUAUUAG